AUGAUUAUUUUGAGUCAAAUUCCAGAAAUCCCGCUCACCUUCUCAUCAUCCACUGUCAUCAAAAUCUGUCGUAUCACAAGACACGCCAAUUCCAGAGUAAUCGGUCGAAUCCGAUUAUCAUCUGUUCCAACUGCUCGAAUUAUAGAUGAGAGGGCAUCAAAUAGUCGAGAAUCUAGACCAGAAGACGUCGGAAGGGAUUCAGAUGACGUCGGGACGGGGAGUUCAUCGGCAGCUGAUUGGAAACGGGAACGAGACGUUUCUUCGGGCUGGAAAUGGAGGAGAGAAUGA